AUGGUUCAUGAUUUGCAGAAUCAGUUAGGAAAUAGUUCAAUAUUUAAUCAAUUCGAUAGUUUUGAAAAUAUGGAGAAGCUUGUAAAUUUUCCAUAUGAAGUAUUGGAAAUGAUAUUUCAACAAAUAAAUCAUCAUAUGGUAAUAGCCUUAAUGCCAUUACACUCUAAAUUCAAUGAAAUCGGUCAAAAAAAAUUAUACAAAAAUAUUCAUAUUUACCUCAAACAUAAUUUAUUAAAUGGUACCUAUUCUGAAUCAAGAGAACCACCAUACAAACAGGAAAAUAGGUGGAGAUUUCAUAAAAAUAUUUUGAAUGACUUUACUAAAAAGUUUACUGUGAUUUCAUCAUGUAGUUUUUAUGACAACAUUAUUAAACUUAAAAUGAAUAGAUACCAACAUAUUGAACACCUUAGUAUUGAAAAUCUCGAACUUUUCCAUUAUGCAACACACUUGAAAUUUCAAAAUAGAAAAGGAGUACCUACAUUUUUGAGAAAAAUAUUUAGAUAUUUUAAAAACCUAGAUUAUGUUAGUUUUGCAUUAUCAAAUAAUCAACUCAAUAGAAAAAAUAAAGACAAAACUGAUGAUGGAUUAAUUGGUAAAACUUUUAUAAUUCCUCGUCAACGUCCCGACUUUUAUGAUCAUGUAUUGUUUUUAGAGGAAAAAAACCAAGGCUCAUAUGACUUUUUGUAUAAUAAUCUUAAGAGUUUAAAAUUUCAAUUUGAUCAACCCAAGAAUGACGUAAAAAGACUUACAUACCAUGAUCUAUCUAAAAGCAUUGACUUAUUCAAUAAAAUCAAUUUAUUUAAAAAACUUGAAGAAUUACAUCUUAUAUUUGAACUAUUUAUUAAUUUAAUGGAUCCAUUAUUACUUGAAAGGUUGAAUAAAAUUAACUGCAAAUUAAAAAAGCUUGAUUUAAUGUUUCGGGGUAAACAUAGAUUCAUAGAAGAUGAUGAUUGGGAUUACUACCACCUGACCCCAAGACCCGGUACAAAAUGGUUAUUUACUUUGGAUAAAUUUUUUGAAACAAAAGAGAUUAAUACCUUGUCAUUAAAUUAUCGUAAUGAAGCAUAUUUCAAAGACCUAUUUAUCUUUGAAAAUUUCAAGUUUGAAGAAAUGUUAACCAAUGCCAAUUUAUCAAAAUUAAGAAAUUUAAUUCUAUCCUCACGAAUUUUAGAUUUGAAGUCAAUUGAUGUCUCAAAAUUACAUAAAUUGAUCAUAUGUACAGAUGUGGCUAAUGAUAUGUAUGCCAAAAAAAUUGCCAAACUUUACUUUAUAAAUCCAAAUUUGAGGUUAUCUUGGUGGCCAAGAUUGAAUGAUUGGAUUUAUGAAGAGAUAUUUUUUUAUUCUGAUAACUUACAAUUAUUCACACCUGACUAUUUUCAAAUUAUAUCUUGUCAAUGGCCAUCAUACUUUUUUAAAAGUGAUAUAAUUUCGAUUACAAAAAAACAUAAUCGGAAAACUCGUAGCUUAAAUGACAAAUAUUCCCAAAAUUUAAGUAUAACUUUGAAACAUGAUUAUUCAGUUGAAGAACUUUAUGGUAUGGACAUGUUUGAAUUUUUUCAUAUUGAUAAACCAACUCUUAAAAUCUUUGAGAAACACGAGCAAAUUUUUUUGGGAAGUUGA